AUGGGGGAAAAAGAGGAUAGACGAUUCACGAAACCCAACCUAAAGUUAGUCAACAAAGCAAGCUUGGAUAGGGGGUUCAUCGUUCCAGAAGGUAUCCCAAUUCCCUGGGAUACAUCCCGCACUGAGCUCCUUUUUGUGGCUGCCGUCUCAACAGGAGCCUCUUCAUCCCAGCCUAUCCUCAGAGAAGAGGAAGUAGAAGAGCAGGAGGAAGAGGAAGAAGAAGAGGAAGAAGUUGUAGAACUCUCAGACUCCUCGGAAGAUUUUGGGGUUUUUGAUCAACCUAUACGCUCCGAGGAAGAUCUUGACGAAAUGGGAAUACAGAGGAAGCCCCAAAGAAGUUUAAUGGAGUUGAUCGAGAAUCAGCCUGGGGGGAAGAAUGCACCGGGGAAAUCAACGCAAUCCCAGAUUCCUUCUCUUCCCACCAAGUCUCCACCUCCUGCUCCUCGUCCACCUUCUCAUCAACCUCAACAGCCAGUUAGAGUUGAUGCGGUCGAAUUGAAAAGGCGCAGGGAACAGAAAGGGAAGGACGUGGUGGAUGUUGGCAAGUCCCGUCCGAACCGCGAGGAAGAUGCCCAAAGAGUUGCAAAGCAGCAGAAGACUAGCCAUCUUCCUCAACAAGGCCAGGAGAGUCAGCUAGAUGAUGAAAAGAAGAAACAGGCAACGGCUGUACAGACUUUGACACAAUCCGAGCAGGACUUGGUUGAUGCGAGAAAAAAGUUACUUGCUGAGGAACAAGCUCGCAAGAGUGCUGACUCGGCCUUGGAAGGCUAUCAAAGCAGGCCGAGGAAACCUAAGAAGCACUCGGCCUGGGAGCAAGUUGCUGUCCUUAAGAAGCACUUGGAGGAAACCUAA